AUGUCACACCCUUGUACAGUUCCUACAUGCAAACGUAUAUCACGAGCUUUAUGUUAUUGUUGCCAGCAAAAUCUUUGUUUACAACAUUUAAAUGAACAUAAUGCAGUUCUCGUCAGUCAAUUAAAUCCUUUGACUGACGAAAUCAACGGACUUGGUGAUCGUUUGAAUGUAUUAAAUAUUCAAACUAUGCUUAGUGAUUGUCGUCACAAAUUAGAACAAUGGCGUUUAGAUUGCCACGAGAAAAUCAAUCAAUUUUUCGAACAAAGAUGCCUUGAAUUGGAUCGUCUUGUAACUGUUAAAUUAGAUACACAACGGGAAAAAACGAUAGAAGUACAAUCGAAAAUAGCUGAACUAUUACGUGAACAAGAUGUAACUCGAAAUGAUAUUGAUUCAUUAACAUCACAUAUUCAUCACCUAAAAAGAGAACUAGAUACUAUCGAACAAAUUCACUCUCGAAUUGAUACGCAUUCGAUCGUUAUACCUGAUCAUUUAAUUCAAAUAGAAGAAUUAACUGAACGAAAACUUGAUCUAUCUCAUCUUUCACCAGUAUACAAAACAAUCCAUCGUUUGGGUGGCAAUUGUAAAGUAAUUGCUAUCAAUGGUGAUUUCUUACUAAUGCAGCAAGGAAAUAAUUUAUGUUUAAUUGAUCGAGAGAUGACAAUCAUAAGAAAGAGUCUCUACUUUCAAGAUGCGAUAUUUGACAUGUGUUGGUCAUCGAUAUUAUCUCGCUUUAUAGUAAUUGCUGAAAAUGGUACUUAUUUCGUAGAUGAAAAUACAAUGGCCAUUGAGACUCUGCAAUCAAUUGAAAAACGAAGAUGGUUUUCAUGUACGUGCUCUGAUGCAUUUUUAUUUGCCUCAACUUUGGAAACAGAGCCAUCUAUUGUCAAAUUUAGUAUGUCUCCAACAGUAGUAGCAAUUAAGGAAUGGAAAACUCCAUAUACAUGUACAAGCGGUGAACGCAUUGAUAACAUUGUUUAUAAUAAUUCGACCCUUGGUUUAAUGAUUUCGAACGUAAAUACAGGGACUAUGCGUAUGGAAUUAAGAUCUUCGGAUACAUUCGAUCGUAUUUGGACGCUUAAACUUGAUAUUGCUCCUAACAAGUCGAUAGCAACUCGUUGCUGUUUGCUCAAUUGCGGUGAAUGGCUUGCAGCCGAUUUUAAUACAAGUUGUUUAGCGCAAAUAACAAAUGAUGGCAAAAUAAAAAAAAAGAUCCCGUACCAUACGGCACCAUAUCGUAUAGCUUUGUUUGGUCCAGACUUAUUAGUCGUAUCUACUAAAGACGGAAUCAACUCUCAUAAAAUAUUUGUCUUAGAAGAUGAUAUUCUUUACGAUAUUAAAUGGCAACCUGAAUUAACUCCACCACUUGAUUUUCUAAAUACUUAUACAUUUACAUCAAAACGCAAAGAAGGAUAUUCUUGUGUUUUACCAGUAUCUCAAACAACAGAUACAAUUUUACCAGAAACAAUUUUAUUCAGUGAACUUGAACCAUUUUUUGAAGUUAUUCAUUCACAAUCGAAAACAACAUGUACAUAUCGAUUAGAUCCAUACUGGACAUAUGAAUUGUGUCAUGGUCUGCAAAUUCGACAAUAUCAUGAGACAAAAGUGGGUGGAAAACGAGCUGUUGUUCAAGAAUAUACUCUUGGUACUCAUCAUUCAGAAGACCAAAACAGACUAGUUAAUCAGGAAAAUCAACAAUUAGUUAAGAUUCAUUAUAAAACAAUUGAAAAUCGACAAAUACCUAUGUUACCUGUUCGAUAUACACAUGGAACAGCUUGUGAAAUAAAUUCAAAUCAACCACGUGAAACACUUGUUCUAUAUAUGUGCCAUGAUAAAGGUAAUAAUGCAAUAAUUAAUUUUCACGAAGUUUCAUCAUGUUACUACGAAAUGACAAUUGCUUCACCACAACUUUGUCAAAUUCCAGCAUUCAAAUUAGCAGAGCACAAUCGAUACACAAUAAAUUGUUAUCCACAAGCAAAUGCUCCACAAGUACCAAAAAAUUUGAAACGACUUGAAGAUGAACAUGAACAAUCAACAAAACGAGGUGAUGGUGCACAAUUUACUUUAACAAAUGCAGAUGGAUCAACAUUUAUUAUUUCGUUUACAUAUGCAAAUGAAGAAACUAUAAAAGCAUUAACUAAUAAUAUCAAUGCUGAAACAAUCAAUACAGUUACACCAUCAACUGUACCUGAACUUGAACAACAACAACAACAACAACAACCACCACCAUCUACUAUUAGUGAUAAUGAUUUUCUUAAAAGAUUCCUGACUGGUCAAGAAUGUUUAUCGAGUGGAUCAGGUUGGUGGAAAUAUGAAAUCUGUUAUGGAAAACAUGCACUUCAAUUUCAUGACGAAGGUCAAACACGAACAUCAGUUUUACUUGGCACAUGGAAUCGUGAAAAACAUAUUGAAUGGAUAAAUGCGAAUCAAGAAAAAAGAUCUAAUAAAAAUAAAAAAGGACAACAAUAUAUCUCAAUGUAUUAUACUGGUGGAGAUAUGUGUGAAUUGACAAAUCAACCACGUGUUGUUGAAGUUAAAUUAAAAUGUGUGACAAGAAAAGAUAACUCUCAGUUAGUUACAAUGUAUCUCAUUGAACCACAAACAUGUUCUUAUAUAUUAGGAGUUGAAAAUCCAUUAUUUUGCAAUUUAAUUGAUAAUACAGAUGAAUAUGGCAUCCCUGAUCAAGAAAAAUUAUUCGCACAUAUUGAAGGACAAUAG